AUGUCCUGCCCACCAUCUCCAAGCCCUGUUCUAGAAGAGUCUUGGCCUUGUGGAGACAAAUCCCAGGGCUGCAGGCUGAAUGUUCGCACCCCCCAAAACCCACGUGUGGAAACCCUGUCCCUCCCACGUGUGGAAACCCUGUCCCUGGAUGUGAUGUCGGAGGAGAGGCCUCUGGGAGGGGAUGUGGGCCUGCACGUGGAGCCCCGUGAAGGAGAUCGGGGUCCUUAUCGAGGCCCCAGAGAGCCCCCGGCUCCAGGGAGACGUCACCAGCCCGACCCAGAGGAGGGCCCUCCUGGCACCCCGCUGGACCUGGUCUGGACACCCAGCCUCCGGAGCUCUGAGCCCUGCAGCUCUGUUCACGAGUUGCCAAGUCUGCGAUACUCGUUACAGCGGCGCACGUGCACCAAGACCCCGUGA